AUGUCUGUAACAGAGGAAAAUGAUGAGAAUGCAGCGGAUUUCACCACAAAUUUGGACAAGGUGGACACAAUGCUUUUUGAACAUUUCAUUCAGGGGCAAAAAGGCGGUAGUGCUUUUUUUAAGGACAACGUGAGAAAAGUUCACUUUAUUUUAGUUUUGCCCAUGAGAACGGUAUACAACGAACCCGAAGUUAUUGAAUUCUAUAUACGAACUUUGGAACUUCGUGGACUUGAUUUUGAACAAGAAAUCGGAGUUGUAAGAUGCAUUGCUUGA